UCCUUUCACCAGCAUUUCUCUUGUCGUCAUCAACAUCAAAGCAUGAGAGGACCUGCGGAAUAUUACAAUAAAGUUGUUCAAUUGCUGUAACUAACUUUCUGGUUUAUAAUGUCAACAUUCACAACUAUCCAGUUACCGCGUUGGGAUAGUGGCAAGCUGAAAGUUCGCUUCAUAUACUUGUCAAAUAGAAGCUCUUUCAAAGUGACGAGCUGUCCUAUCGAGGGAUCAAUGGUUCCUCUCUUUUUAGGGGCUGAUCUCUUCUCAAACACUGAUAUCCGCACAGAGAACCAUCCCAGAUAUCAUGCAAAGUUUGCAAAGAAAGGAUUGGCAACUAAACUAAAUUUCUCCUCAGCUUUUAGAUUCCAUGGACUGAGGGUACCCACUGCCAACAAUUGCAUGUGGUUCUACAGCAUCCAAGGUGUUUUUCGAGUGGCCUUUGAAAUGUAUAGUAAACAAGAGCAGCUCUCUGUGUUGGAGAACUUUCAGGAGGUAUGGAAGUCCCGCCUAAAUGACAUCCCACUAAAGAUGAACUACAACCUGAGUGUCCAGCUGGAUCCUCCACCACCCCAGAUCGUUGUGGAGAUGUAUGACCAAGACCUAAAGCUCAAACUAAUGUCCCGGAAUCCCCAAGGUUACCCAUCUCAAUCUGUGGAAAUCCCAGAGGCAGACACAGGCCCUUCAGGUGACACUUCAGCAGACCACGAUUACUGCUUUCUGCCAAAUGAGAGUAUGCCAGCACAGCCAGUCCAUCUAUGUCCCUCCAUCUUAAGUCAAAAACUGCAGGGCUUGGAGGAAAAGCUGAGCUCUGAGAAACAGCUGGGGACCGACCAGCAGGAGACCAUACUGCUUCUGUUGGAGAGCAUUGAGCGCUGUGUGAGCAGGCCCCUGGAGGAGAGGGAUGUGGCGGACAUUGUACUAGCUCUGCUAGAGGCUCGGAAGUGGGGCUCUGUGUACUCCAGCCACCUGCUUCACUCUAUAGGCUGCUGGCUUGGCCAGCAGUUCCAUGGAGCCAACAGUAGUAUCAGCCAGCAGGUAGAGGGCUUCAAGGUGCGACACAUAGAGCGAAUCACAGAUCUGCCACCUGCAGAGGAACUGGCCUCAGAGCUUUUUCCAGAGGCCAUGCGAACACUGCUGCUCCACUGGAUGGGUCUGAGUGAUGACUCAACCCUGUGGAAGAGACAGAGUGAGUACCCCAUCCUGCUCCUAAUCCUGGAGUUUGCCAACCACAACCUCAUCACUGGUGUUGCACAUGUGCUUUACUCAAGUCUUAAGGUGAAUUUAGAUUUAGCCAACUCAAAAGAGUUAAGUACCGAAGAAAGUAAAACUACUGUUGUAAAAAAAAAUACUCAAGUAAAAAUUACUUGAGUAAAAGUAAAUGAGUUACUUUUAAAAUUAAAACAUUGAUUUAAUUGAUAAUUAGCUAUUUUUUUCCACUCGAACAUUGUUACCAUAGAGAUCAUGUUGAAUUUCUAUUAUUACUAUUCUAGUUCCUAAUUUGUUACACAUGAUCUUUUCCAUGCAAUUACUUUAAGAGGAAUUUAAUGUAAAAUCUCAUUAGAAAUGAGGUGUUGUUUUUGGUGUGAAAGUAAUGUUAUAGGCCUACUAUGCUAUGGUAUGUAUUAUAGUCAAUUCUGUUAUGUAAAAUGCAAAUUAUCAAUGUGAUCUUGCAAGACAUUGAUUCAGCUUUGAUCUAACAUUUCUAAAUGAGCACCAUUGUAAGAAGUGAUCUUCUAUUUGUAAUAAUAAUGAGUAUGACUAUUAGGCAUAGGUAAUAGAUCUUUAUGAGAUGUCAUUUUAAGCAAUUGGAGCACCCUUCAUGGUGCUGAAAGUACAGCGCCAGGGUUGCACUGUUGGGGCAAAAUGGUUUUGUUAGUCUAAUGCUAUGUAAAUGCUUGAAUUGAAUAGUACUUUACACUGGUAAUUUUCCCUGCAAUUGCUUCAAUAAACUCUUAUUGAUGAUUCCUGGAACAAGUUUUAUUCAAGCAAUUUAACCAGACAAAAAAAAUGUCCAUGAUUUGUGGGAUUUUCACAAAAUGUAGUCCAUAGAAUAGUCCUUCGGAGGAAGAAUUGUUGACAUAUACAGUGCAUUCGGAAAGUAUUCAGACCCCUUGACUUUUUCCACAUUUUGUUACGAUAGAGCCUUAUUCUAAAAUUGACAAAGUAAAAACAGGUUUUUACACAUUUUUGUAAAGAAAAACCUCACGUUUACAUAUGUAAUCAGACGCUUUACUCAGUACUUUGUUGAAGCACCUUUGGAAGCGAUUACAGCCUCGUCUUCUUGGGUAUGAUGCUACAAGCUUGGCACACCCGUAUUUUGG